UCUGAGUCGUUGAAGCCGCGGCUAAGCAACUGUAAAUAAUCAUGUCAUCUGUACCACUACCACCACCCAGUGCAGCGGCUGGCUCAUCUCGGGCUGUCCAAGCAGCCGCCUUCGCAGACGACCCACGGAUCUACUUUUCGAAAGAAAGCAACAAGUGGCAUUUUGAACAGGACGACGGAACAGAGUUGGAAUACGAUGCCGCCAAAGGCUCCUGGGUUGCCAUGCUCGACGAAGACCUGGUGAAACAGCAACAAGCCGCCUAUUCCGUCUCUGGCGUUGAUGAAGAGACGCCUGCUGCACCAGUCCUUGCGCGCGAGAACAAGAAACGGAAGGAACCCGACUAUACCUCUUCGACAUCGAAUGCCGAGAUUUCGAUCAAGCGGGGCAGACAUGACAAGAAGGACAAGCCUCCAACUGAGCGCCCAUCCAAAAAUACAGCCGUAUAUGUUAGCGGACUGCCCCCCGACACAGAGUUUGACGAGCUUGUGCAGUGUUUCUCCAAGUGCGGUGUCCUGGAGGAAGCCGAUGACGGGGAACCCAAGGUGAAGAUGUACGCACGGGAGGAUGGCUCGUUCAGUGGUGAUGCUUUGGUGGUAUACUUCAAGGAGGACUCUGUCUCACUCGCGCUGAGCAUCCUUGAUGAGUCUGAACUUCGGCUAGGCAACGCGUCCAGCGUUAUGCGAUUGUCUAAGGCUGAUUUCUCGCACAAAAAUUCCGGUGGCGGAACUCAUACGGAGGCGAAACCACGCAAGACCGUUGAUAGGAAGAAGGCUUCCCAGCGGAUAGGAAAAAUGCAAAAAAAACUACAAGAAUGGGUUGACGAGGAUGGAUUCGGGCCUGCGAUACAGCCUGAAGACUCCUCCCAUGCUAUCAACAAGAACAGCCGAGUGGUAGUCUUGAAACAUAUGUUCACGUUAAAAGACUUGGAAGAUGACGUUUCCCUCCUCCUUGACCUAAAGGAAGAAGUCCGGGAGGAGUGCUCGUCACUGGGCGAGGUGACAAAUGUUGUUCUCUAUGAUAAAGAGAAGGAAGGUGUCAUCACUGUCAAAUUCCGCGACCCACUUAGCGCACAGGCUUGUGUGAUAGUAGGGGGACAAGAGUUUUUAGUCAUGUGUUUAGCUGACGUAUUUCACAGAAAAUGAACGGAAGAUUUUUCGACGGAAGGCGGGUGGAGGCUUCUUUGUACAAUGGCAAGCAAAGAUUCCAGCGCAAUGGAACAGGCGAUGAACUCGAGGGCGAAAGCGCCGAAGCAGAGAAGAAACGACUGGACGACUUUGCCCAGUGGCUGCUGACCGAAGGGGAU